UCGGACUGACGUUGCUCUGGCUGAAGGUGGUUCUCCUCUGAUGAGGAUGGGAGAGCCCAGCUCUCGCUGAAACCCGAGCUGCCUCUUAGCCAGGGCUUGGUGUGGUCCCAGGCAAAAGCGAGUCUCCCUUCCGUCUGCCUCCCUGCCUGGAGCCGGAGCCCCAGCAGACCUCCAGUGUGCCGGCCCCGGGAAGGAUGGAGCUAGCCUUCUGGACCCAAGCGGGGCUCACUUUGGUGCAGCUUCUUCUGAUCUCCUCCUUGCCAAGAGAGUAUACAGUGAUCAAUGAAGCCUGCCCCGGGGCUGAAUGGAAUAUCAUGUGUCGGGAGUGUUGUGAAUAUGACCAGAUUGAGUGUGUGUGCCCAGGGAAGAAAGAAGUAGUUGGCUACACUAUCCCUUGCUGCCGGAAUGAGGAAAACGAGUGUGACUCCUGUCUGAUUCACCCAGGCUGUACCAUCUUUGAGAACUGUAAGAGCUGCCGUAAUGGCUCCUGGGGAGGCUCUCUGGACGACUUCUAUGUGAAGGGAUUCUAUUGCGCUGAAUGUCGAGGAGGCUGGUAUGGAGGAGACUGCAUGAGGUGUGGCCAAGUCCUUCAGGCCCCCAAAGGACAGAUUCUACUAGAAAGUUACCCCCUGAAUGCUCACUGUGAGUGGACCAUCCAUGCCAAGCCUGGAUUCAUCAUCCAACUAAGGUUUGUUAUGUUAAGCCUGGAAUUUGACUACAUGUGCCAAUAUGACUAUGUUGAGGUCCGAGAUGGGGACAACAGUGACAGCAGGAUAAUCAAACGCUUCUGUGGGAAUGAGCGGCCAGCCCCCAUUCAAAGCACCGGGCCCUCCCUCCACAUCCUCUUCCAGUCAGAUGGCUCUAAGAACUUUGAUGGGUUCCAUGCCAUCUUUGAAGAGAUCACAGCCUGCUCUCCAUCUCCGUGUUUCCAUGAUGGCACAUGCCUCCUUGACAAAACUGGAUCCUAUCAGUGUGCUUGCCUGGCAGGUUACACUGGGAAGCACUGUGAAAGUCUGGUGAUGUGUAGGACUCCAGGUGUUCCUGCCCAUGGGAUGGUGGAAGGAAGUGAUCUUAGAUAUGGGGCCCAGGUUUACUUCAGUUGCCUCCCAGGGUACAGCUUAAAAGGCAGUCGGGUCGCCUUUUGUCAGCUUGAUGGGAGCUGGACCAGACACGACCCAGUCUGUGUGCUGGAAGAAAAAAACUGUUCCGACCCAGGAGGCCCAGUCAAUGGGUACAGGAGGACCUCAGAAGGCAGCGGGCUUAUAAAUGGGCGCUAUGCCAAAAUCGGCACCAUCAUGUCCUUCUUUUGCAACCACUCAUAUGUUCUAAGUGGCAAUGAGCAAAGAACUUGCCAACCAAAUGGAGAAUGGUCAGGGAAACAGCCAAUAUGUAUAAAAGCCUGCAGAGAACCAAAGAUUUCUGACCUAGUGAGACAAAGAAUUCUCCCCAUGCAAGUCCAGUCAAGGGAGACACCUUUACACCAGCUCUACUCGUCGACAUUCAGCAAGCAGAAGCUGGACAGCUACCCAACCAAGAAGCCAGCCCUUCCAUUUGGGGAGCUGCCUUCUGGGUAUGUGCACUUACACACUCAGAUCCAGUAUGAGUGCAUCUCACCCUUCUACCGCCGCCUGGGGAGCAGCCGGAGGACCUGUUUAAAGACUGGGAAGUGGAGUGGGCGGUCACCCUCCUGUAUCCCAAUCUGUGGGAAGAUUGAGAAUGUGACAACUCCAAAGUCACCAGGGACGCGUUGGCCUUGGCAAGCGGCCAUCUAUAGGAGGACCAGUGGGUUGCAGGAUAGCAGCCUCCAUAAGGGCACAUGGUUCCUGAUCUGCAGCGGAGCCCUAGUGAAUGAGAGGACCAUCGUAGUGGCUGCACACUGCGUCACUGACUUGGGCAAGAGCAUUGUGAUCAAGACAGCUGAGCUUAAAGUGGUCCUGGGAAAGUUCUACCGAGAUGAUGACCGAGAUGAGAAGACCAUUCAGAGUUUACGGAUCUCUGCCAUCAUUGUUCAUCCCAACUAUGACCCUAUCCUGCUUGACUCUGACAUUGCUGUUGUAAAACUCCUCGAUAAAGCCCGAGUUAGCAGCAGGGUGCAGCCCAUCUGCCUGGCGGCGCUCCGGGACUUCAGUCCCUCCAGUGAGGACACCCAAAUCACAAUCACAGGCUGGAAAAUUCUUGUUGAUGUGAGGGCCCCUGGUUUUAAGAAUGACUCCCUCCGCUCAGGGGCUGUGAAGGCAGUAGACUCUUUAUUGUGUGAGCAACAGUAUGAGGACCAUGGAAUCCAGGUCAGCAUCACAGACAACAUGUUCUGUGCCCAGCAGGACCCAAUGGCUCCCUCCAACAUCUGCCCUGCUGAGACAGGUGGCAUUGCAGCUGUGUCUCUGCCCGGGAAAGCUUCCCCUGAACCAAGCUGGCACCUGAUAGGGCUGGUGAGCUGGGGCUAUGACAAGACCUGUAGCCUCAAGCUCUACACUGCCUAUACCAAGGUGCCGCCCUUCAAAGACUGGAUUGAGAAAAAUAUGAAAUAAGGCCUGUGCCUGUAAAAUAUUGUGUAUAUAAAAAAGUGUGUGCAUGCGUGUAUUUGUAUGUGAGAGUGAGAGAGAGAGAGAGAGAGAGAGAGAGAGAGUUUGAGAGAGAGAGAGAGAAUAACAAAUGUAUCAGGGGAGAGGGUGUUGUUUUGAAGAUUUUCUCUCAUUUGCUCAUAAACCCAGCUGUGCCUAGGAUCCUAGCACUAGUAACAUGCCCCAGCUGGGGUUUAGCAGAGGCAGUGGCAUCUAUAAGACUUCCUUGAUUAUGAAUGGAUUGGACUGAAUUUGGAAGGCCCUCUUGGUAUGUCUACCCCAGGCUACAACCUAUAAUUAGAUGCGCAGCUCACUGGGUCUUUCAGUAUCUAUGUUUUAGAUGAACCCUGUAUUUAGACCAUGGGCUAGACUCACAAUUGAAAAGGAAGAAAAGAAUGAGCUGGGUUGCAUCUGGGAAACUGUACAGACUUUUGUAUGAUACGAGCCUUCUCUCUGACAUACAAAUACACCUUUUGAACACUAGGACUGUGAAUCAUGGAAGACUGUAGUCCCUGAAGUAUUGAAAUUAUGGGUGACUUAAAGGUAAGGAAUGGCAAGAACUGGCAGGAAAGGUAUCCAAGAAAUACAGGAUCAGUAAAAGAGAUGGAGCAGGUUUGAGAGUGAGAGAUAAGAGUUGGACUGCCUAAGGACUGCAUUGGUGCUCAAGAAAUUUUGAAAGACAUAAGGAAAGACCCCAGGCAAAUCCUUCAAGGAGGAUUGAUGCAUGAGACAAGACAAAAGUGUGGGACAUAGACAAGACAAGAGUAACAUGGGCUGAGUGGGUAAGGGUGGGUUGUCAUCUGGACCCUUGGAGGCAGUGCCCAUGUCCAUAAGAUUACAGCUACUCUCAGGUGUUCCAUACCGAAGGAAUCUCAUGGACAACAUAUGAGCUUCCUUACGUCAAAGCGAUCUCUUUGUCAACUGAUCAACAAGCAUUUAUAAAGCACCUAGUAUGUGCAGGGCACUGUGCUAGGUUUUGGGAAUACAAAGAAAGUCAGAAACAGCACUCACCCUUAAGGAGCUUACAUGCUAACUUACUAUCCUAUCUUCUCAUCAUGGGUAACAUCAUUAUGGCCUCUUGUAAGUCCUUCAAAAGGGGUCCACCCAGUUUGCAUAAAGGGGCAGAGAAAAGAAUAGCAAAUGCCCAGAAAAUCAUCAUGGUGGCCUUUCCCAUCACAGGGGCUGGAUACGGGGCUUUGGUUCUGGCGUGCCCAGACCAGAAGUCCAGGAUGAGUCGCACUGAACUUACAAUGGGCAUCAAGGGAGGACAGGUACAGGCUUCCCUGAGGUUCCGGCUAGGGCAACCACCAAAACCCCAACUUCCCAAGAGCAACUUGGGUGAGAGAACCACUUGCCCAAGAGCUGGUCUUAGUGCAUGCUUUCAUGUGUAUUGACACCAUAUGAUGUAUUCCUUCCUCCUGAGCUGUUGUCAACACUUUAAUAAAUGAGGGUUGGCAUUGAAACCUACUAAACCAA